GGCACCUUCAAAGAUUGCAGAUCAACGUAUUUUGGCGGAUUGUUAAAAUACUAACAAAUUAUAGUAAUAAACAAAUUAAAAAAAUAAUUUAAAUUAAAAUUUAAAAAACUAAUCUAUUAAAUAAAAGAUUUACACGUUUGCAAAACCUAAACUCCAACAUGACCACGCCUAGCAGCUCCGCUAAUGAUAUACCUGCGAAAAAAACUAAGCUCGAGGAUAACUUAGAUAGGGCGAUUACUUGGGACGAUCACUUCAUGUCCCUUGCCGUCUUAUCCUCAAAACGCAGCAGAGAUCCCAGAGUCCAAGUGGGAGCCGUCAUAGUCAAUGAAGAUAAUCGCAUAAUAGGUAUUGGUUAUAAUGGCUUACCUAAAGGCUGUAGUGAUGAAAAAUUUCCCUGGUAUAGAUAUAAAGAUGUAGAUUAUUGUAAUCAAGUUGAUCCAAUUCACAGUAAGGACCCUUUUGUUGUGCAUGCCGAGGCAAAUGCUAUACUCAAUAAAAAUUGUGCUAAUCUCAAAAAUACCCGCCUCUAUACGACACUCUUUCCCUGCACCAAUUGCGCUCAUCUUAUAGUACAAUCGGGCAUUACAAACAUCUAUUAUUUAUCAGAUAAAAUGGGCAAAAAAUACUCACCUGACGAAUCUAAACUUUUGUUCUCUGCAGCGAAAAUAGAUACUCACCGUAUAUUUAUAAAACAAAACAUUGUUAUAGAUUUUGACGAGUAUUUAAAAAAUAAGUGAAUUUGUCACAAAAAUUUGUGAAAAUUAAGUUAUAAGGGAGCAAAUUAUAGUGGAGGAAAGAAAACAAAGUAUACACAUAUUUUAUAUACAUAUUAUAUGUAGUUCUUAAGAAAACUUAUAAUAAAGAAAAUUAUAU